UAUGUCUCAGCUGGCAGCUACUUCACGCUACCCGACCAUGAGCCACUCCACUGCCGUGUCGCCAUGGCAACAGCCGUUUUCCUCUCAGCUCUAUCCUUCCCCAUUGGCGUCGGCCCACCAGCUGUCACAUGUCGAGCUCCCAGCUGCCAGCAACAUCACCCACCUUGAGGUGGACUUAAACGUGUCCCCUAGGGACCGCCUCCCAACAUACCAGUCUGCUGCGCUGGCCAACGAGGGCCACCUGGAGCUCCAAGAGCUGCCAUUCACCCCCAUCCAUGCCCCCAUCAUCACCAUGGGAACACAUGCUGCGCCCAGCUCUUCCUCUGUGAGUUCCAGGAGCUCCCUGGCCCACCUCUACUCAGCCAGCUUCCCCUACAUCACAGACCCCAGUGGGCUGGUGGCUGAAGUGCUGGACCCGACAGAACCAGUCAACUUUGACCCCCAGAGAGAGGAGGCGGAUCCCCUGCAGGGCAAUGUGCUCCUGCUGCAGUUUCUGGCAUUUUCCAGGAUACCACAGCAGGGGGGGAGCAGCAACUGGCCAGACUCUGUUCAUUUCACCUUCCAGCUCUACCGCUUCCCACCAGUGACCACACAGCGCCUGAAACUACUGGCCAUCGACAAGCUGCCGAAGAAAUCCAGCGAGACACCACCCUGUGUCCUGGCUGUCAUUAACAAGGAUGGAACAGUCAACUCUGGCUCCCCGGGGCUCCAGCUGCAGUUCCGUGUGGACGGGGCAUUCUUACAGCCGGGUGAGAGACGCUGGUUCCUGCGCUACCUGGCCCUGCACACUCUGCAGGUGGAUGUGUGGGACAGUCAAUCCCUCCUGCUUAUCGGCUCCACAGCCCUGGGGCUCAAGCAUAUGUUGCGGCAGGGCCGUCCAGCUGUACAGGCCACUCAUGAGCUGGAGGUCAUCACCACAGAGUACAUGGGUGAAGGCGUGCCAGUGAGCCUGCACCGGGCCUCCAACCCGAUCAGUGUCUUCACCACCAUCAAAGGUCGGCUCCAUCUGCGCCUGGGCAACGUGGGAUGUCCUGUAGACCAGAACAAACCCAACAAGCCCCAGUGUCUUCCUCCGUCACGCUCCCACAUCAUUUCACCGCCGGAUGCCACAAGUGGCUUCACCGGGGGCAGCUUGUCCUCCAAGAGCAUCCAACGACUCAACGUGCGUAACGCGGCGCGGGCCCAGAGGCUGGUGGAGCUGGACGGGGACCUGGUGCCAUUGCUCCAGAGCCAUAUGAAGGAGGGCGGUGGGACGCCCCGCACUAACACCCCCUGGUGGGGCGAGACAGACGACGUACGCCAGCGCAAACUCAACCGCAUGGUGGCCGUGCGGCAGCACGAGGGGGGACAAGAUGGCACCGGCAGCGAGGUCAAGACGAAGGUCACGGCCCGCCGAGCAGAGCGUGCCCAGUUGGCGAGGGACCUGCGCCUGAUGCAUGCCUACAGGGAACGCAGUAAGGCAGAAGGGAUCACCCACAUACUAAGCCAGGCCAUCACCAUACACCACACCCUCUACGCCACGCUGGGCACUGCCGAGUACCUGGAGUACGUCCUCCGCAACCCCUUCAACACCCCACAGACCGUCACCAUCUAUAGCGAAGACCCCGAGCUCAGUGUCAUAACAGACUGUGAUGAGUGGCGGUAUUUCAAGACACUGACCAAAACCUUAACCCCCCUGGAGGAGGACAUGUUCCACCUCAAAGAGGGCACGCUUGCUCCCCAGGUGUACCUGCGGCCCAAGGAGAGUGUGCACGUCCCCCUUAAAUACCAGACCUUCGUCUCAGACAACUCUGUGGUUCCCCAGGGGCCGAGUCUCAUACCCAGUGGCAGAAGUACUCAGGUGGCCAAGAAACAUCUGUCCAAUACUGUGCUGGCAAAGUCAAUCAAGGUGACAUUCAGGGCAGAGGAUGGUAAGCCGCUGGCCAUCUGCCAGGUGAGCGUGGAGCCCACGCCGCACGUCAUUGACCAGACAUUCCGCUUCUACCAGCCAGAGUUGUCCUUUCUGAAGAAGGCCCUGCGCCUGCCCCCCUGGGAGAGAACGCCAGUUGGAGACACAGAUGCUGGGUCUCAGAUCUCAGUGCGCUGCAGUGACCCCAACGUCAUCUGUGAAACAAAGAUGUUGGCACAAGGGGAGCCUCAAGAUGUGUAUUUAAAAGUGCCGGGCAGUCCGAGCCCGCAAAUCCGAAAGUUCUUCAUCACAGUGUUCACCGAUAAGUGGCUGGCGGUGCCCGCCCAAGUCUGGCAAGUAUAUGUGCACUUCCUGCAACGGGUGGAUAUCAGCUGUGUGACUGGCCAGCGGACCUGUCAAUCACUGGUGAUACGGGGAACCCAAGCCACCCGGAAGGUCCAGUGUUACACCUCUCACCCACAGGAGCUCAAGGUGGACCCAGCGGAGGUGUUUGUCCUCCUCCCGGGUGUGGUACAAGACCUGCAGUUGUGUGUGUGUCCGUUGCGGGCGGGCAGCCGCUUCUGCUACCUCACUGUGGUGGACGUGGAGCAACACACGCUGGUGGCCUGCUGGCUCCUCAGCCUCACCUGUCGCCUGCCCAUCCUCUCCAAGGCUUUUGAAAUGUGUGCACCUGUGGGAGGGGGUCGGGGGAGCACCCGGAAGAUCACUUACACCAACCCCUACCCCACCAGCCGUGUCCUCCUGCUACGGUCAGACCACCCUGACCUGCUCCAGUUUAAAGAGGACCGUUUUGAGAUUGGGGGAGGGGAGACCUACCGCAUCGGGCUGCGUUUCGCUCCCAGCCAAAGUCCUGGUGCUCAGGAGAUCCUCAUCUACAUAAACAACCAGGAGGAGAUCACGGAGGAGACCUUCUGUGUGAAAGUGAAAUACACCUGAACACACGGCAACUCAACGCAGUACUGUACACAUCAACUACUACGGUACAGAACAAUGCUGUUUGCUAAAAGACCGCUCAACAACGUUCUCAUCAAUUGCUGUAUAGAGCUCAACACUUUGCAACUUAUGGAAGAGAGCUCAAUUCAGUACUCAUCAACUUCUAUCUA